AUGGAAAUGGCAAACCCACGUACUAAAAGGAUUUCGGGACUUAAUUCUUGUGCAAAUGUUGCUUUAGAAAAAAGAGCUAUUCCUGUGACAAGAACUCGUACGUCGAUCAUAGUAAUCACAAGCACUUCGAAGAACGGCGAUACCACCGACAAGUGGGCCAGCAUGCAGCAACUUGCUGGUUAUGCGUGA